AUGAUUGCCGCAAAGGCGAUCGUAUUAAAGCCAAAAGUGUAUGGCGCUAUCUUUGACAUGGAUGGUACACUGCUAGAUACAGAGGAAUUGAGUCGUCUUGCUAUUGAUGGUAUCGUACGUCAAUUUAAUAAGGAAUUUACCAUGGCUAUGCACAAAACGAUCCUGGGUCGUCCUGCUGUCGAAUGGACACGCAUGGCAAUUACGGCCACUGGUCUUAGUGAAGAGACCAUCACUCCUGAUGAGCUAUUCAAUCAAUGGGAGAAGAGUAUGCAUGAGAUGUCGGACCGUGUUAAGGAGUUUCCUGGAGCCAUAGAGCUUCUGAGUGCGCUGCAAACGCGUGGGAUUCCCAUCGCUCUGGCUACAUCCAAUAGCAAGAGUGUCGUGGAGUCGAAAAUGACGCAUCAUCCCAAGCUUUUCUCCUUCUUUUCUACUAUUGUAUGUGGUGACGACCCUGCUGUAAAACGUGGCAAGCCAGCACCUGAUAUCUUUCGCACUGCUGGUCAACGCCUUUUUGGUCUAAAGGAGGGAGAAGAUGGUGAGAAGCCCCCGUGCUGCGUCGUGUUUGAAGACUCGGUGAAUGGCUAUACUGCUGCUAAAGCAGCGAAGAUGCACAGUGUUGCUAUUCCUGACAUUCGUAUUCAUACGGAUGACAAACAGAGAGCUGAGCUCUUUGGCGAUGCUGAUGAAGUGAUCACGUCGAUUACACAGUUUCAGAUCGACAAGUAUGACUGGCAGGUGUAA